UAGCACACAGUUCAAUCCAAGUCUGAGGUUGAAGACAAAUAUAUACAUAUAUAAAGAUAAAGGAAGAUGAAGAAGGCCUGUGUUAUAGGAGGAAAUGGUUACCUUGCAUUGGCAAUCAUCAAACAGCUGCUUGAAAAGGGUUAUCAUGUCAAUGCCACAGUUCGCAAUCCUGAUGAUUCUGCCAAGGUUGCUUACUUGAAGAAGAUAGGAGAGAUUGGUACCUUGAAGCUCUUUCAGGCAGAUAUGACGGUGGAGGGGAGUUUUGAUGAUGCAGUGAUUGGUUGUGACUAUGUCUUCCAAGUUGCUGCUCCGACAAAUUUAAUGAGUGAAGAUCCAGAGAAUGAUCUGAUCAAACCGGCAAUACAAGGCACAUUGAACAUCUUGAGGUCAUGCUUGAAGGCAAAGACUGUUAAACGAGUAGUCCACACAUCAUCCGCAUGCACUGUAUCAGUUAAUCAGCAGAAAGGCACAGGUUAUGUACUAAACGAAGAAGCCUGGUCUGACAUCGACUACAUGCUCAAGGAGAAACCACCAACUUGGGGGUACAUUGUUGCCAAAACACGUGCAGAGAAGGAAGCAUUUAAAUUUGCAAAGGAGAACAAGAUUGAUCUCAUAACCAUAAAUCCCACAUUCAUUAUUGGCAUUCCACUGAAUGGAGAAGUUCCUCCACCGAUUAACCUGGCUUUAUGCUUUUUUACAGGUGAUAAGAUGUGGAUGGAUAUCUUGAAGAUGACGCAGAUGAUCUCUGGCUCAGUCUCUGCUGCACACCUAGAGGAUACAGCCAGAGCUCACAUAUUCUUGGCUGAGAAUGACAAAGCCUCUGGUCGUUACAUCUGUAAUGCAGUGAACACAAGUGCACCAGAGUUAGCAUCAUUCCUCAACAAACAAUAUCCACAGUACAAAGUGUUCAAUGAUGUUGUUGACUCACCUGGGCCGGCCAAAUUGAGCCUUUCAUCAGAGAAGCUUAUCCAGGCAGGCUUUGAAUUCAAGUACAAGAGCUUGGAGGAAAUAAUUGAUUCAAUAUUUGAGUAUGGCAAGAGCAAAGGUUUUCUAUCAAAAAAGGACUCCGCCAACGACACUCGAGAAUAACUAGUGCAAAAGUCUUAUGUCAAACUAGGACUCCAACAUCAAUGUGGAAUUUAAAUUCAACUGAAGGACAUGAAUAAUUCUACAAUUCAGUACUCAAUAACUCUUGACGAGUGAUAUUAGUAAAUGAUCCUGUGUUUGUAAUGUUUGAUCCUAUCAAUGUUAUUCAUUACAUAAAUUAGAUCCGUAAAUGGAUAUCUUAUCCAUUGCAUGGGUCUGAAACUUCUUCCCA